AUGUCAGAUUCAGAGGGGCUUCGGUGUGGAAACGGAUGGCGCUCUUCGAGAUUUCUGAUCAUUGGAACGGCCUGUCUGGCCUUGUUCACAGAAACGCUUCUCUAUGGCUUCGUGGUCCCAAUCCUGCCUUAUAUGCUAGAAACUCGCUUGAAACAAGACCCAGAUUUAACUCAGCGCACCACAUCUGGUCUGCUCAGUGUCCAUGGAUUUGCGACUCUCAUUCUCACACCCCUUGUCGCCAUCGCCGCUGAUAGGACGCCAAGUCGCAAAACUCCUCUUAUCAUUGCUCUUAUUGUCUGCCUGGGAGGAACUAUCCUAGUGGCGCUGACUCCUGAUUUAUCGUCUAUCUAUGUCGGCCGAAUCCUUCAAGGCGUUUCGGGCUCUGCAGCCUGGAUUAUUUGUCUGGCGAUGUUGACAGACUGCGCCAAAGAAGGACAAGUGGGAAGAAUGAUGGGGCUUAGCAUGUCAAUCGUCCUAUCAGGCACAGUCGGAGGACCAACCGUUGCAGGAGCAAUGCUACAAUGGGCGGGAUAUUGGCCGGCCUGGUCGGUACCCAUUGGGCUUAUUCUAAUCAACAUCGUCGCGCGGGUUAUCACCAAGGAUCUGCCAAAGCCAUCCGCUACAUCGACGCCUCCUUCUAGAGGUGGAGUAUCGAUAGAUGAACAGGAUUCACCAAGAAGAGAUGUCGAAGCCGCAGAAACAUCUCCACUCCUAUCUCAAUUGGUUAAUGCUCAUGGCACAACGUGCGAGGAUAAAGACGACCCUGAAGAUGUUGAAGUAUCUUUCUACUACGAAAUGCUCUGUGACUGUCGAGUCCUCGCCAGCAUUUCAACAACAACACUAUACUCAAUACUCAUCGCAGGGUUUAACACCACCUUGCCCGUUCAUCUUCGAACAAUCUUCAAUUGGGGGCCUUCCAAUGUAGGAACAAUGUUCCUUGUUCUACGGGUCCCUGCUAUUAUACUCGGUCCGCUAAUGGGCUGGACCCGCGAUCACAUUGGACUACGAUAUCCUACUACGGUAGGUUGGGCUCUCUUAGCACCUUUGAUGCUCUGUCUGGCUAUUCCUACCGGUCCAGAAAACCAUGGGAAGGCAUUCUACGUUACCUGCCUCACUUGCAUCGGAUUUGUCACCACUCUGGUUCAGGGAGCGGGCGUGUUACACACAAUCAGUAAGCAGAGUACCACGCUGGGCCGCUUUUAUUUUGCUUUCUGCACACUUGCAUACUGA